AUGUCUGUAGAAACAGUAAAUUACGAAUUUACGAGGAUUUGUGUUAUGUUGCAAUCGAGAGAGAAGUCACGAAGAAUGCAGGGUUUAACAGAAAUUCUAAAUAUUUUAAAAUUACCACACCAUCAAAGUGAUGAAACAUUACCCUUAUGGGAUGCUGUAAAUAAGUUUGUAUUACAAAUUUUGAACGAUUCUGCAGAAAUUUGUCGUGACCGAACGGUAGAAAUUAUAAAAUUAUUUAUAUUGAAUUUAACACCUGACGAUAAAUACGUUACGUAUUUGCUUCCAAUUUUAUCUAAGAGAUUGGGUUCUCUGGAGCAAAUAGAAACUUCAGAAGAAGUUAGAUUGAAAUGCGUUACUUUAUUAAAAUUACUAAUAUUAAAAUAUAACAAUUUAUUAGCACCAUAUAUCGAUGACUUAGUAAACAUUUUAACACGUACUAUAGUAGAUAAUUAUCCACUAAUUAAAAGAGAAAGCUGUAUUUGUGUAUCUGAAUUUGCUAAAAAUUUACCAAGAUACUUUUAUAUGCAAACUGAGAAAUUUGUAAAACCAAUUUUGAGUAAUUUUACACACCAACAUUAUAAAGUUAGAAUUGUUUCCAUUACAACAAUAGGAGAUCUAAUCCAACAUGGUAAAAGUACAUUUAUAGAAAACGUGUCUCUGCCUCUAGCAGAAAAAUUAUUUGAUCAAAAUGGGCUUGUUAGAACAGCUGUAAUAGAGGUAGCAGGAUGCUGGCUUUUAAAAUUAAAGGAUCGAUAUAGUUGGUGGCACAAGAUUCUACCAUUACUUUUAACAGGCCUUCAUGAUGAGUUCAAAGAAAUUAGGGAGAAAGCUGCAAAUUUUUGGGAUGCUGCUGGACAAUUAUACAUACAAGAAAAUGAUAAUGAUGAAAAAUUCAAGGAUAAAAUGGAUUUUCUUAUCAAAGAUCCUGAUCAUUAUCCUAAUGUUGUAAGGCCAAAUUUGGGAUGUCGUGUCAUAGCACAGCAAACUUUUAGUAAAUUAAUAAACGGAAUUAGUUUAGAAUUAAGUGAUUGGAUGGCAGACAUAAGAGUACGAUCUGCACAAUUACUUUGUGUAUUCAUUUUAAAUAUAGAAGAAGGUGUAACGCAACAUAUUCAAAAACUCUUACCCCCUAUAUAUCGAGCGUGCAAUGAUGAAGACAAUAGAGUUGUAGAAAAUAUUGAAAGAGCAGCAGAAUAUUUAGGAUAUUUUGUACAUCCAAAAACUUGUUGUCAUUUAAUACUUCCUACCCUCCAAGAAAAUCCAUCUGCAGGUCACUUAAGAGUAUUUUCUGCAAUUUUAAGAGGUUUUGAACGUUAUACUCUUCUUCCAUUGUUGAAAGACAUUGGAAAAUUCUUACAACAACCACAUAUCUGUCAAAGUACAAAAGAGACAUACCAAAAACAAAUACUUUCUUGCUGCCGUUCUUUAAUUUUAAUCUGCAAAGAGGAUUGUAAGCUUAUAUCAGAAGAUUUAUUCAUAGCAAUAUUCACUGUUUUAUCAAUGGCAAAAAAUCAUUAUAUGGAACUAGAAGCAAAAGAAUUAUUGAAUGUCCUUGCAGAUAUUAAUUGCUAUGAUAAUGUUGAAAAACUUUAUAGCGAAUACAUUGGGCAACUAAUUUCAUCACUUUCUGAUUAUAAAUCAUGGUCAAAACAUAGUCCCGAGUCUCAAAUUUUCUGUGCAUGUCUAAUACAUGUUAAAACAAUUUUCACUUUUGAUAUGGACAUUAUGUUAUCAAUUCUAAAAAGUGUCAUGACAAAUGAUGCUGACCCUGAAUUGAGACUACAAUAUUUUACUGUAUUAUCGCAAUGUUUUAAUCAAGAUUCUUCAGAUAAAAUAAUAGAUUCAAAAUUAUCAUAUCAAUUUCUGGAAGACUGUAUACUUCCAGGAUUAAUUUGGACCGUUGGAAGAGUCGCUGAAACUAUACGAACUGCUGCAGUAUCCUGUUUAUGUGCAUUCUUCGAAAAAUAUGAAAAAGAUCUGUCGAUAGAAAACACUCAAUAUUUUAUGAAACAUAAUAUUUGUCCAGUACUUGACAAAAUAAUCCCAGUCUUGAUUAGUCUUGCAGAUGAUAACUCUAAGAAAAGUAGACUAUAUUCUUUACGAGCUAUGUAUUUAGUAAUAUGCAUCAGAAAAAGAUUUGACUAUCUCACUGAAGAACACAUACAUAAAAUCUAUCCUAUACUUUUGAAAAGACUUGAUGAUGGAUGUGAUGAUAUUAGAUUAGCAUCAUUGGAAGCUUUAAUAAAAGUUUGGAAUUCUAUACCUAAAAAUUAUGAUUUACAUUUCAACAAAGGGCACAUAGAAAUGUUAUAUACUACAACUGUAAUAUAUUUGGAUGACCCAGACAGCGAAUUUCAAAAUGUUAUGUUAGAAAAUUUAAAAGAAUUAGCAAGAGUGCAUCCAGAACUACUCUACCAAAAACUUCAAAACUGUAAAACAAAUUUUAGGAAUCAAGAAGGUAUAGAAACACUUUUAGAGCAUUGUUCAUAUAUUUUAAGAGGUUUAAUGUACAUAGCGUCACAACGGGAAUUAAUUGAAACCCGAUUACUCACCGUAGAGUGCAGAGUCCUGUAA